CAAAACACCCACUUCUGGUCUUUCCAGUUUCAUUUUAGUCAACAGUCAACACCCCCACCUUCCCUUCCUCAGUUCCUCCUUCGAAAUUCGAAUCCAAAACCGUAGAGACUGUAGUCUGUAUAUCAGCAGAGCGUGGGUUCUCUCAGGCUCUCAGCACGAGCUUCUAACUCUUCUUUCCAUACGACAAAAGAGAACUCAAAUCCCAGAGCCCAAACAUGGCCGGCGAGCCGGAUUCAGCUCCACAAACAAACACAGUCAGUCCUGAGUUCGAUGAUGACAGCAUUGCUGAGAUAGUGUCAAGGCUGCCGGCCAAAUCUCUACUUCGAUUUCGCUGCGUACGCAAGUCAUGGCGUGCUUUGAUCUCCAAUCCCUCUUUUGUUAAGCAACACCUGAGCAAAGUCAACACUAACCACCGCUUCAACCUCCUCGUCGGAACAAGGCCUUCCCAAGCUUCUGUAGUGAAGGUAGAUGAUGAUGGUGACGUUGCAGUCACACAAGAGCUCAAGUAUCCGGUAACGUCUGACUUUCCUGACUUUUUUCCUGUGAUCUAUGGUUCUUGCAAUGGCUUGAUUUGUAUGGAGUUUGAAAUGGGUAACAUCAUAUUAUGGAACCCUUGUACUAGAGAGUUCAAGCAGCUACCGCAACCUGAACUUGAUGGUAGAGAAUAUGACUUUGUGAGUUUCGUAUGUUUUGCUGGUUUUGGUUAUGAUUCCACCAUUGCAGAUUUCAAGGUAAUACGAGCCACUAAAAUAUAUGAAAAGCCAACCACACUUCAGGUAUUUACACUCAAAACGGGUUCAUGGAGAACCAUUACAGAUUUCAAUCGUAUUAGGGAAGAGAGUGAGUGCAUCAUUCUGCGAGAAAAGCAGGGCUUCUUACUAAACGAAACUCUACAUUGGGUAGCCCUUCUAAGCGGGGCAGAGUAUGAGGAAGGUACUUUGGGAAUAGUGUCUAUUGGUCUCGCGGAGGAGAAAUUUCAAGUGAUGGCACUACUCCCCUGUGGUCGCCCUGCUCCCAAUAGCCCCGUAUCUACUUCAGUUGUGAUGGUUGGGAAUUCGUUGUUUGUAUACCAUGAAUUUGGUAUAUGGUUGAUGAAGGAAUAUGGGGUAGAGGAAUCUUGGACCGAAGUUGCAUGCAUUUCCCCAGUGGUUUUACCUGAUCAACAUUUUAACAGCAUGUUGACACCUUUAUGCAUUUGUGACAAUGGUGAAGUUCUUCUCAAUCAUAGACAAGCCUUGGGAGUAUAUAAUCCGGAAGGAAAGACAUUUAGAAGUGUCACUUGGAAUUGCGAGGAGUAUUCUCCUCAGUGUGUUGCUUAUGUGGAGACUUUAGUUUCACCAUUGAACUGCAUUGGCGGAACCGCGCAAGUGAAAGUGGAGAACAAGGGUGCAAAAAUGGAGCUUCUAUCCUUAUAACUACCAGCUCCUCCGGGUUGGAGUAAGAAAGGCUUUGCUUCACUCUGUUAUUUCCGUCAUACUUUUCUAUGGCCUUUCCAAUCUUGAAUUUUUUGGUGGAUAGUUUAGCUUGAUUCAUGUUCAUUGACUUGAUUCCAAUCAUGGUUUAACUUGAUUCCAAUCAAUUUCCACCACAAAAACUCACUCACUAAUUUUUUGGUGGCUUUACUCUGCCAUUGCUGUUAGUGAGUUUUUGUGGUGGAAAUUGAUUUUAUGGUAAUGGGCAAUAGACUUAUAGUUGGGAUCUGAAUGUCGGAGUGGUCCUCAUUUCUCUGUCCAGUUCAAGCUACUGUGUUGGCUGAUUGUAACUUCUGUACAGCAUUUUCAUAGCUAGGACCAUACCCGAGUUGCAAUUGGAGUCUGAUUGUGCUGCACUCAUACAUGAUCGAACGUAGCAAAACAAGAUGUUGAUGUAUCACCUUUAGGAGUUCUUAUCAAAGACGCGAAGCUGUUUAAGUA